CCAGAUAAAGAGAAAUUCCUGAAGUUGCGUUAUAGCUCAGUGAACAUACGGAGUUGAACACCCUUUGGAUUAAAAAUACAUUGCUUUAAUAGUUUGACAGCUGCUGAAGGGGUGACGCAGAAUCAGGAUGGAUGAAGCAGAGAAGUACCAGCAGAGACUGCAGGCCAUCGCUGAUAUUCUUCUCACUGGGACAACCACAGAAGAAAGGGAGAAGAGGAGGCAGCAGGAGGAAGAGGAGAGAUUACGACGCGAAGUGGAGGAAGAAUGGCUGAAGCUGGCCCAGCGCAAGAGGAAGUCCCUGAGGGACCAGUGGCUAAUGGACGUGCCUAAUGCCCCGGCUACAGAUGGCCCUGAGCCCCCAGCUCCCUUAUGGCCCCCAGCACAGAGAGCAGAGGGGCAGGACAACGAGGGCACUGAGGAAGGCGAGGGGAAUGCUCAGGAGGAGGAGGAAGAGGAGGACGAGACGACAGUCCAAGAUGGCAGACAGACAAACUCAACAGAAAACAAUGUACAUGCCCCAUGUCAGCCUUUGUGGGACAAAGACUGA